UCAGAAGCGUGUGCGUCACAGCACUAAACCGGAGACGGAUUUCCGAACAGUGUAGCAAAAUAGCCUUUGCAGUACAGUACUUUGUUUACGUCCCGUUUGUUCGCUAACAGCUGUUGUGGCUUGUUAGUUGUAGGGGGGAAAAUGCAUUUGUGCGUUUCUCGUCCGAAUGCCUUGACCUUUUAAAACACGAAUCUGUGGGUGCUGAACAUGUUUUGACGGAAGGAACCCCGCUUCAAUGCCGACAGGAGGAUGAGCUCCAUCACCGGUCGGGUUCUUCCCAUCUCCGCCGCCUCUGUUACCAACUCUGGAGCUUCAUCAUCUCGAUCCUUGCACGUAGAACUCACAUCCCAGCAGAGACGACUGCGUCACCUCCGGAGCAUCGCGGCAAGAAACAUUGUCAAUAAAAAUGGUUCUCCACUGCUGGACACAUACUUUACCCUCCAUCUGUGUAUUGGAGAUCGCAUAUCUAGCGAUUUUUACAAGAGUGAAGUCAUACGAGACUCACUGAAUCCUACUUGGAGGAGUUUGGACUUUGGCAUGUUACCGGACCUUCUGGACACCUCAUUAUCUUGUUUUGUGGUAAGGAUCUGGGGAGGACAGGAGGAACAUUUCCAGCUCCUCAUAGAAUGGAAGGUCAAUCUCGAUGGCCUCAGAUACACGGGGCAACAGAUUCGAUCCAGGAAUACAAAUGAGAUCAUAUUUGGCUUGAACGAUGGCUACUAUGCGGCUGACUUUGACCAUAAGGAUCAUUCGGAGCGGAAGAAAAAUAGUCUACUUCAAGUCGACCAGAGCUCAGUCCGAAAUUCCUACAGCGUUUUCUCUUUGCUCAGGCUCCAUACAGCCCAAAGAGCCAUCAAACAGACCCAAGUAACAGUGCAGAAAAUUGGGAAGGAGAUUGAGGAGAAGCUGAGGACAACAGCAACAUGCACAGUGCGGAAAAAAGAGCGGGAGUGCAUGCAGCUGCGUUUAGCUGUUCUUCAUAGCGAACUGCAGCGGCAGAGGAAGGCCCUCGGUCGAGAAAUUGAUGUGCGGCAGAAGGACAUGGCACAGCUUCAGAAGAAAGAGGAAGUGUAUUCUUCUCAACACCAAAGUCUGAAGGAGGAAAAAGAAUCCUUAACCAUGCUGCAUAAGGAAUGUACGGCCAAGAGAGAGCAGUUCCUGAAGUUCAAUGCUCAACUCACGUUUCGCUGCCGCCAGCUUCUCUCGGAGCUUUCCUACAUUUAUCCCAUCGAUGCGACAAACCCGUCAGAUUAUGUUAUCUGCGGAGUGAAGCUGCCAAAUUCGGAAGACUUUCAAGCAAAGGAUGAUGGGAGUUUGGCAGUUGCUCUGGGCUAUACGGCACACUUGGUCCUGAUGAUCUCGUGCUUCCUGCAGAUCCCUCUUAGGUAUCCGGUCAUCCACAAGGGUUCACGCUCCUCCAUCAGAGAUACCAUCACUGACAGACUUACUGAAAAGGAGAGAGAAUUCCCUUUGUACCCCCGAGGAGAGCGGUUUCAUUUUGAAUAUGGUGUCUACUUGCUCAACAAGAACAUUGCUCAGCUGAGAUAUCAACACGGCUUGACCACCCCAGACCUACAGCAAACACUACCCAAUCUGAAGAACUUUCUGGAACAUGGCUUGCUUGUCCGGUGUGACCGACACCACGUUUCCAGCUCCAUCCCAAUGCCAUCCAAGUCUCACCUCGGCGUGCCUACUGCCUCGGACGUGACCAAGCCGCGGCACACCAGCUCCCCGGAUCGGGGCCUGAGGAAGAGAGCGAGUUCUGAGGCAGACAAAUACAAAACAAAACCUCCACCCAGUUAUGACGUGGCCGUGGGGGAGGCGCCGACCACCAUAGCCCAAACAAUGCAAUCAUCUUCGCCGAAACUCUUGUCUUCCUCUCUGGAUGCCAAUAUGGCCCCGCUUGACCUCACCGAGAGCAACGAAGCCAAAGAGGAGGAAAAAGAGAUUGGGCAGGAUGGAGGUGCAACCGCUGAGGUGGAGACACACAACAGCACUUCUAAAGAUGUCCACAAAGACGAGACUGAAGAGCAAAAGCCCUGCAGCUCUUCUACACUGGAAGACAAUCCCGUGGGCGCAAGUCAGCACACAGGUGUCAUGAAUGGCUCUUUGGUACCAGGACAGGCGACAGGUUCGACUCCAGGUCCCGGUGCGUGCUGCUCAGUGGAGCGAGCCGAGGAGAUCAUGGGCACCGAGGCCACCAACCUGGCCCUGGGAAUGGGACUACGAGUGGGCUUAGAGCUCGCCGAGGAAACCACCAUGGAAGACUACCGCUGCAUCCCCGUGGACCAAGCGGUAGCUGUGGAAUGUGAUGAGCAGGUGCUGGGGGAGCUGGAUGUGGCCGGCUUUGAGGAGUUCUCCAGACGCAUCUACGCACUGAAUGAGAAUAUGUCCAGCUUCCGUCGACCGCGUAAAAACUCAGACAAGUGAGAAGAAAGGCAGAUGUAUGAGAAAUAGACUUGCACAAGGAUUUUGGUCAGAGCUGAGGGAGUGAGAGGAGAUGGGUGGCGAUGUUCUAGAUUAACGACCAAUUUGCACUUAUUACAGUAUAAAAAAAAAAAUCCAUAGCAUAUUUUCAAAUGAAAUGCAGUGCAAGUAUUGGAAGAGCUGGCUUUUUUUUCUCUCUUUUUUCUUUUUUACAGCUGGCAUUAAUAUAUUUUAAAAAUGGAUCCAAUAAUACUGAUAAUUCAAAAUUGUUUAUAUUCAGAAAAUAAUUCAAGCUCAGUAAGAAAGAAGCUUCUUUGAACCAAUGUUUGGUAUAAAUAGCACCAUUCCCAUCUUCUAAAUAAGAAACAUUCACUCAUCAUGUAACCUGUAAUCAUGUCUUAGAAGAUGCAACUGCAGAAUGUCACAAUCUGCUUUUCAUACUAACGUACCUCAGGUUUGGUCUCCACCAGGCAAAUUUUUGCAUGCUUCAUAGUUCUCGCUCUGCUCAAAUUCAUUGGCACAUAACACAUUGAUGAUCUCAGUCAACUGUGUCCGCUAGUAAUCCAUUGUCCAUCAUGUGGACUUGAUCGGCAUAGUAAUCAAUAAAUCGAUCUUUAGGAAUGUGGUCAAUUAUGUGGAAUUUGAUAUUUACAUAUUCAACCAGUUGCGGCAACAACAAAAAGUGCUGACAUGGCAACCUGCCCACCUGAUGACCUCACUGGACCAUCAUGAUUGUCUUUUUUUUCUUUUUUUUUUAAAUGUCAUACUUCCCCUGUCUUGACAUUAAUGAAAAUUACACUGAUUCAUAUUUAGUAAACCUUAAAUGUUGUGGUUAGACAUGUCUGUAAUUGGUUGUAAUAUCGCACUCCUGAUCUAUUAUUACACGUGUGAUAUAAAAUAUCUCAAUUCAUUCGUUUGGGAUUUCAUCUCAGUGAUUUGAAUACUUUCUUGCACAAAAUAUCUAUUUAUGUCGCACAAUGUUGUUGUUUUUUUCCCCCCCAAAUAAAUUGUGUUAUAGCCCCUAAAUUAAAAGCAAUGUAUAUUGUUAAAUUAUAUCAACCAAUUUGUGUUGGUCCUGAUUGUGGACAGCCGCAGUGUAAAGGUCUUUCGCUGGCAGCCCACGUUUCAUUUCUGCUCGAGUCCUGUCCGAACGGACAGUUAUUGUAUAUAAAUUGACAAGAUGAACCGUAUUAUGAUCAUUUCCAUAAACUGCAAGAUAUUUGAAUAAGUAACCAUGUACAUAUACUUUUGUAUGGGUUUCUUUUUGUUAUUAAAAACUUGCAGUCCA